CAGGUUGUCUUGGAAACUUCCCUGUGCCGUGAUAAAUGAAUGUAGCUUCUUUUGUAGAUGAUUUCGAUUUGGGAUGUGAUCAUACACUGCACAGGUUACGUUAAUACCUUCGGAAUUCAAGACAUAAUGGAUGAGAAGAGGGAACAGACCGCCAGGCCUGAUGCAGACCGGCCUUCGACAAAGUAUGGACUGAAAGAUCUGUGGACUGAAUUCAGCCACUCUACAGGCCUUCAUGCUGUUGAUAAGAUUAAACCUCCUUCACUCAGGCCAUUAACGAUUCGUGGAUUGGCAUGGAUUUUGGCCUUGUGUUCAACUACGGGGUUUCUCGUCUAUAACCUUGUGGGCGAGAUAGGAACCUACUACAGCUACCCAACCGUCACAAAGAUCACACCCCAAAUGAAACAUUCAAUCAAUUUCCCUGCCGUCACCAUCUGCAACAGAUGCACCUUCAACAACACUCGUCUUGACGUUUAUCCAGAAAUGGAGAACUACUUUUUCAAUAUUUCUCAAGAAAGGACGAGGGAAGACUCAUUUUCUCAUCUAACUUCAGAUGUGUUUCAGAAACCGUUGUCUUUAGAAUGGUUGCAGAACAUGUCUAUGGAAGGAUCCAAAAUGUUGUUUAAAUGUGUCUUUGGUGGUGACGACUUUGAUUGUAUGACCGACUUCCGACCUAUUUUCACUUAUGAGGGGUUGUGCCACACCUUCAACUUCAAUGCCAGUAAAAUUGUGAGGACGGCAGGUGACAACACAAACCUCAUGGUCACUUUCAACAUCAACCAGAAUGACUACACCUUCACCAGAAACAAGGCAGCUGGGAUUAAGGUAUUUCUCCAUCAUCCGGACGUCCACCCAGACGCUAGCUCUACUGUGGUGACAGCUGCGCCCGGGUUCUCAACAUAUGUUGCCAUACAAACAUUUCAGUAUCGUUACCAGCCCCUCCCUUACAAGGCAUUUGAUGUCACUAAUUGUCUGGACACAAACAGUCCCAGUUUUGUGAAUCCCCUGAAGAUCUACUCUCGCCGCUACACAUACGACCAUUGCUUCAUGGAAUGUGUUCAUCUCAAGGCAUUUAAGCAAUGUGGAUGUAUCGGACCUUAUGUUCCAUUGGAUGAUCUUCAGUGCUCUCUAGUGCAACUGGAGAGUUGUUACAAUCCAGCUGUUAGAUCGUUGUCCAAGAAUGGUACCUUCGCGAAGGAAUGUCGCUGUGUUAGCGAGUGCGUGUUCGACAGGUACACGGCCCAGGUAUCCUCCAGCUCCUUCCCUUCAGACAAAUGGGAAUCCACUCUUCUCAAAACACGAGGGCGAAGGACAGGACGAGUUUGAAAGACAACUAUCUGGAGCUGAGAGUAUUUUACGACCAGAUGAUGGUGACAUCCAUCACACAACAACCUCAAUACACCGUGGCUUCUCUGU